AUGUCUGCCCCCUCCUCAAAAGGAGAUGGUUUGAGAAAGCAACCGACUUCAACUUCAUCGAAUAACAGUGGUAAAAAAAUAAUCAGAAACAUGAAAUCCGGGAACGAAUACGCGAUUUUCUCUUCGGAGGAGAACCAACCCAUCGGAAGAGGCUCUUUUGCCACGGUUUGGAAAGGGUUCGACGAGCAAUCGAAAGAAACCGUGGCGAUUAAAGAAAUGUCCACGCGGGGUUUACAACCGAAACUGAGAGAGGCGUUGGAGUUGGAGAUUACCGUGUUGAGGAACGCGAAGCAUAGGAACAUAAUGAAGUUGGUAGACGUGGUGGACGAUUUGCGAACGGAGAGGGUGUAUUUAAUAUUAGAGUAUUGCGCUGGUGGGAAUUUGUCCGAGUUUAUACGGAAACGAGGACGCGUGAGUGAAGCCGUGGCGAAACAUUUCAUGACGCAGUUGGCGAACGGUUUAUCGGCUAUGCGUUUACAAUCGUUAGUGCACAGAGACUUAAAGCCGGAUAAUUUGUUGUUGAGCGAGAGAACCGCAAAGGCGACGUUGAAAAUUGCCGAUUUUGGGUUCGCGAGGUACAUUCAACCGCACGGAGGGAUGGCUGACACCGUGUGCGGGAGCCCGUUAUACAUGGCGCCGGAAAUAUUGAAAUAUCGAAAGUACGACGCGAAGGCGGAUUUGUGGAGCGUUGGAGCGAUUUUGUUCGAGAUGGUUGUUGGAAAAGUACCUUUCACGGGACAAAACCAAGUGCAGUUGUUGCACAACAUCGAACGGUCGGAUGCGAGAAUUCCAACGAGGAUUGCCGAGACGCUUUCGCCGGAGUGCGUCGCUUUGUUGCGGUCGCUUUUACGUAGAGAUCCGAGAGAACGCCUCGGUUUUGACGCGUUUUUUAAUCAUCCAUUUUUUAUAAGCAGUAGCAGUGGUAGUGCGAGUAUUGCUGUGAAGACGGAUUCAGCGGCAGCGGCGACAACAGCGGCAGAGUUAGCGGCAGCAAUGAGCGUAGAUACUAACAUUAAUAAUAGCAGCAGCAAUGCUAACAAUAAUAAUAAGAAAUUUUCGUCUGGACGAAGCAGCAAUGAAGAUGGGGAAGGCAUGCAAUUUCAAAUGGACUCGAUGAACGAAGCGCAACUGAGCAGCAAUAGUAACAACAACAACAACAACAGCAACAACAGCAACACUUCGAUGAGACAGACGAUUAUAGAGGAAGAAAUUGCGCCAACCAGGAGCGUUCCCAUCCAACUGAAUAAUAAUAAUUUUCUUCAGCGAGAAAAUUCCGCGUCGUCUUCGUACAAGUGCUUCGGAACCUCUCCUUCGGAGGUGGUGAGGAAUGAGAUCGCGCUCGCAGCGAGAGAUUUGCGCGGAGGAAGUCGUAAGAAUGCGGCAACAGCAGCAGCGACAGCAAUAAAGCGGUAUUCUUCUUCGCCUCAGCAGCAGCAAAAUAUAUUCACUAGAUUUACUCCUGGUUCGCCGCCGUCGAUGGCCUUUGGAGGCGCUCCAGAAUCUCAAGAAAUUGACGACGACGAUUACGUCAUGGUGACAUCUCCAGGAACUGGAUUUGUUCCAAGAAGCCCCUCAAGAAACGUAUCCGCUCGUCACCAAACGCCACCAAGACUCGGGGCGUCGCCAUUAUCGAGAGGCACGAGCCCAAAAGAAUUUCCACCGACGGGAAUAAUUCACCGCGAACAACAAAAGGAGAAAGACGCCGACACUGUCGUCGCGUCACCGAACAGCGAAUCGUCGUCGUUCAAAACGUCGUCGAUGUUAGCCUCGUCGCCGUUAGCAUCUUCGCCAGUUCUGUCGCCUUCACAGUUACUCAGCAAAUCAACCACGAAUCAGCAAAUGAUGAGGAAACUAUCGAGUGGGGCGGGAACGAUGUCGUCGUCUUCCACGCAAUCGUUUUCAUCUCGCGGUACCGAACCGUUCGCGAGGAUCACGAGCAAUAUGGAUAAAGCGAAACUUUUAGAGCGCGCGGCGGCAUGUUUAAGAGACGCGAGUGCAGAGCACUGGAACGCAGGGAGUAGAUUACAUGCUUUGAGUGUUGGUUUAAUCUCCUUAAACGCGUUGGAUGCGGCACACGGUCUCAUAAAUGCGGCUUGUGAAGAGUUCUCGAUGAAGGCUUCUUCAGACUCCGCGACGUCUUCAGAUGUGAGCGAAGGAGGCGCUCCGAUAUCCAUGAGUCCCUCGAGUUUAGACGAGCAUCUUUCGCAAAUUUCAUUGGCAAACUCAGCUGAGAGCGCGGAUAGUAGCGUCAUGAUGACGAAUACUCCUACGAAAAAUAAUACAAACAAAGCGAAAUACGCCGAGGCGACUGCGAUUAAGAAACGCAUCGAAGCUGCAAUCAUGAAAACGCACGCUCGAUGCGACAAAGCGGCAAAAGGUAUAGUCAACUACGGCAUCGACGCGAAAUCGUCUUUGCCCGACGGUUUAGAACUCGCGCACGAUCGUGCUUUACAGCUCACUCGCGCGGGCGCGGUAGAAGAACUCGUCGGUAACUUCAACUUGGCCACGGAUUCGUACGGCGAAGCGCAGACGCUUCUUCUCUUUCUUCUCUUGGACGAAAGUGGGCUGCGAAAAAGAAGCAACGAUAGAAACAGCGCCAGCGAAGACUUGAAGCGCAUCGCCACUUUUGCCGAAGCCGUCAGUCGACGACAAAUCGCCGCCAGACGUUAG